UUUUCAUGGAGGACUCAAACAAGUUGGAGGAGGGGUUCGGACCAGGCCCACAACUCGCAAGCAAAAAUGAACAGCUUGAGGGAGAGAGAGGUGCUGCUCAUGAUGUCAGCAUUGAGGCUGAGACUAAGGGCGAGACGACAUCUGAGGUGCAGCCAGUGAAGAGAAAGAGAGUUGCGACGCUGGAUGCCUUUAGAGGGCUCACAAUAGUGUUGAUGAUACUCGUAGAUGAUGCUGGAGGGGCGUACGCACGCAUUGACCACUCGCCAUGGAAUGGCUGCACUCUGGCAGACUUCGUUAUGCCCUUCUUCCUCUUCAUUGUGGGAGUUGCUAUUGCUCUUGCCCUCAAGAGAAUUCCGAAGGUCUCGUUUGCGAUUCGGAAGGUGAUACUAAGGACAUUGAAGCUUCUGUUUUGGGGAAUUCUGUUGCAAGGAGGAUAUUCUCACGCACCGGAUGAUUUAUCAUACGGAGUUGAUAUGAAGGUGAUCAGAUGGUGUGGCAUUCUCCAGAGGAUAGCGUUGGUCUACUUCAUCGUGGCCCUAAUAGAAAUUCUGACCACGAAGAUCAGGCCGACAACCCUAGAACCUUCUCGGUUAUCCAUUUUUUCUGCCUAUAGGUGGCAAUGGUUGGGUGGAUUUGCAGCAUUUUUUAUCUACAUGGUUACGACGUUCUCUCUCUACGUUCCUGACUGGAGUUUCGUGCUGCAUGAGCACCACAAAUCAGAAAGAUACUAUGUAAAAUGUGGGAUGAGAGGGCAUUUAGGGCCGGCUUGCAAUGCAGUUGGUUAUGUGGACAGACAAGCCUGGGGGAUUAAUCAUCUUUACUCCGAUCCAGUUUGGAAGCGGUUAAGAGCUUGCACUUUCAGUUCACCUAGUUCUGGUCCACUGCGCAAGGACGCGCCUAGUUGGUGCCGGGCUCCAUUUGAACCCGAAGGGCUGUUGAGCUCGAUUUCAGCUAUCGUGUCUGGCACAAUUGGGAUUCACUAUGGCCAUGUUCUGAUCCAUUUUAAGGGUCAUGCUGAGAGGCUUAAGCAUUGGGUGUGUAUGGCUGUUGUUUUGCUAGUAGUGGCCUUAAUUCUUCAUUUUACAGAUGGUAAUGGUUAUUACAUUAGGACAGGUGGUUAUUUUAAGAAUGUAGUUAAUUUUUUUAACUGUGAUUCAGCUAUUCCCAUCAACAAGCAGCUCUAUAGUUUCAGCUAUGUUUGUUUCACUGCUGGUGCAGCAGGGAUUAUAUUCUCUGCCUUCUACAUACUGAUUGAUGUUUGGGGAAUGCGGACACCGUUUUUGUUCCUGGAAUGGAUAGGGAUGAAUGCGAUGCUGGUGUUCGUCAUGGCAGCUCAGGGAAUUUUCGCGGGAUUUGUGAAUGGAUGGUAUUUCAAGGAUUCUGAUAACAAUCUGGUGAAUUGGAUUCAGGAGCAUGUUUUCAACAAUGUGUGGAAAUCAGAGAGAGUUGGAACUCUGUUGUAUGUAUUGUUUGCUGAAAUCAUAUUCUGGGGUGUGGUCUCUGGCAUUUUGCACAAACUUGGUAUCUAUUGGAAAUUGUAAGCAUAACAUAUGAAAACAUUACUCUAAUCUUAGGUGCAUUUUGGAGCCAUGUUUAAAUGUUCAACAAAUCGGUAUUGUAUAUUUCUAAUGUGAUAUAUCAUCUAUGUAUUUCGUGUUAAUCA